GUAUAAUGCACAGUUCCCGGAUGACUUUACAGAUCUGUCAUGGCGGACAAAGGUACGGAAGACGUUUUGGGAGAAAUAGCAAAGACUCAAGCACAGAAAAACCUGAUCAAAAGGAAACUUGAACUUCAACAAUGGAGAAAUAAUUCGCAGAAACUUCGAGGCCGCAAUCUUAUCACUGGACUCACGAUUGGGGCUUUCGUCGUCGGCAUGUUCACCUACACCAUUUACUCAGUAAAGCAGGAGAAGAUCAUGGAUGACAUUGAUGAGGAAGCCAAGAUCUUUAGAAUGAAGGGUCCCAGAACAUCGGCCAACUCGUAACAACACCAUACUUACUCCAGUUUCACAGACUUUCGUCUCAUAGAUGUGUUUUAUUGAUUCAUCUUGGGCUUAAGAGCGAAACCAUUUGUGACGGUUUGAAAAUUAAUUGACAAAUUGCUUCUUUGGAUAUCCUUGGAAAAUGUUGGCCUACACUAUACAUUUCCUGAGACAUGACACUGUUGCAUAAAGCAUUAUUUAUGAUUUAAAGUUAUGAUGUAAAUAAAGAUGGCAUAAUGUAAUAAAAUAUUUGUCGUACACUCAGCCAAUAUUGCUGUAUGCUGUAUAUCAUUUGGUACUAUUGAAUGAAAACUCAAGGCAUAAUUUCAGACAAAGUUCAGUUCCAUACAUUGUUAUUCCACAGUUCACCAGGACAUAGAAAUAGGCUGCUCGUUAAUGUGUUGCAAAAUAAAUGGGGCAGAUGUUGGUUAAUAUAGUGUGGUCAUAUGAGUACAUCUCCUCAUCAUUUUA